AUGUCGCUGCAUAACGCGGACAUUUUCAAAUUUACUUGAACAUUCGUCGUAUGUAAAGAAGUUAUUUUUCGAGUAAACAAAUAAUUUCCUCGUGUUAUAAGUAAAAUAUAAUUUAUUAUUAAUUAAAAAAUGUUUAGAUAUUGAAGAAAAAAAUGCUUACAUAACUAAUAAAAUCAUGGAAGACAAAAUAUUAAGUUGUAUCAAGCAAGCAAAGAUACAUUCUUUAUCUACAGAUAUAAAGGAAUAUUUAUCUCAUUUUUCACAUGAAGAACAAAACCUUAACAGUGUUCAAAAAGCCAAAUUUCAAAAUUUUGUGGAAUGUUUGCUUCAAACAUGUAGUAUUUUUCUCCAUAAGAAACAAAGUGAUGAUAAUGAUGUGAGAGAAAUUUUUAUUAGCAUUCAACAAUGUUGCCAACAAAAAUACUGCUGUUUCAGUAAUUUGCUUCAAGUAGGACGUUCUUUUUACCAUAUACUAAUCAAUUUACUAAGAUUGAAACGUUACAACGAAGCAAUUUAUUUAUCUAUUUAUUUAAAAAAAGUCAUUUUACAAAUUUUACAAGAUGGUAUUAAUAAUACUGAGACAGACAUUAUUGUACAUCAAGUAUAUAAAAAUUUUUGGAACCAUGCAAUUGAAGUUAAACAUUGUCAAGAAGUACACGAUUCUUUGAAACAUAUACUGAGUCUUAGGUUGAGAAGAGUAGCAUUUGAAUUUCUUUGUUUUAAGUAUUCUGAACUUAACAGUAUAUGUGAACAAAGCAGUAAAGCAAUUCUCUUGUAUAUAACAAAUUCAAAUGGCAUUAUCAACAAUAAAGAAUUGACAGCAUUCUGUACAUCUAUAUGGAAUUCUUUAGUUACAAAUAGAACUUUUCAGCAAUCUAUCUCAAAUGAACAAAAGAAAACAACAAUUUUUUCUGUUUUAAAAAUGUUUAAGGAUUGGAACAAAAGUCUUAUUAAAUAUAUAAUAUUGAAAAAUCUCUCUGUUGAUAUUUUGAUAUGGCUUGAUGAUAUUGUUGAAUUAACAAAGAAAAUAGGUGAUACAGAUAUUAUGAAUAUUAUUCAGUCUGGAACUGAUUUAACCAAAUGUGCUCUAAAUAUUCUACUUGAUCAAAAUAAUUCUGAAGUCUAUAAAGACAUUGCUAAAGAUUUUAUGAAAUCUUCAAACAAACUAAUGAAUAAGGAUUCCCUGGUAUCAAUUAUUGAUUCAUACGUAUCAGUUUCUUGUUAUUAUUUAUUAGAAAUAUUUAACAUGUUCGAAAGAGAAAAGAAAAAUUUUAAUUCUAAACAACUCUUUAGUUUAGAUUCUUUUCUUGACUGUAUCACAAAUGUAUGUACGAGCACAAAAGGUCUUAUUCAGUCUGAAAAUUGCAGUCAACUUGUUAUUUUAAUUGUUAGACUAGAGGGGAGGUUAAUAAAAACUAUUAGAGAAGAAGUACAAAAGUCAUCAGAUGCAAAUUUUAUAAAAACAUUAAUCCAAAGAGGAGAAAGGAUAAUGCAACAAUUUUCUAUUAUUUUGGAUAUGAAAAGAGAUAAAUAUUUAUAUGAAGAUGAAUAUAUUGGUACUGAAGUUGGAAAUUUAGGUAUUGUGCUUUUUGGUAAAGAUAUGCAUAAUAAUGCAAUACACUGUUUGGAAUUUAGCUGUGAAUAUCUUACUCAGUGGAUUUAUUCAGAUUCUGCACCAUCAGAAAAAAAAAAAUUAAUGCAGUCUGGACUCAUCUCUUCCUAGAUACUCACUUGAUUGUUUAUUGGUUUAUACUAUCAAAGUUGUAUAUUUAAAUUUCAUUGCCAAUAAUGACAUUCUCAAUCUAACCUAAGUCAUUAUUGAACAUUUUCAACAUGUUCUGUGAGAUUUCAAGAAGUCUUGCUAUUUGAUUUUAUUUAA